AUGUCGAGUGAAGGAGUCGAGGCGUCUGCGACUAACCAGACGAACCACGAUAGCAUUGCUUCGGCUCCGGUCGCAGAUGCACAGAUAACUUCUACCAGCACGGAUGCAGACAAGCCUGAGGCCACGGCUAAUGGUGACGAAAAGCCGGAGUCUGCUGAAAUUACCGAGAAGCCGGCGGUAGAAACAAAACCAGCCGCACCGGCCGAAGACAAGGCUGAUGAAGAAGCCAAAGAAGAGGCCAAGGGAGAGGCCAAAGAGGAAACAAUAGAAGAGACCAAAGAGCAACCUGAGGUCUCCAAGGAAGAGAAGGAAACUGGACAGAAGCGUGACCAUGCUGCCAUGUCUACUACCGAGCCCGCUGCAGCUACCACCGACUCCAAAGAGGAAAAUGAAGAGCCCAAGGCAGAGUCCAGCGAACCAGCCGAGAAGAAACAAAAGGUCGAGAAGACAGACGAGGCCGUCACUGCUGUUACUACUGCUCCUGCUGCUGACGCAACAGAGAACGGCAAUGUCAAUGGAAGCGCUGGCAACGACGCUGCGAAGAGAGGACCAGGCCGGCCCAAGAAGUCCGGCAGAGUCUCAGCAGCAUCCCAGAAGAAGAAGACGCCUACUCCACGCAGCUCCGACGGAGUUGGGAGCAGGUGUAUUUUUAUGCUCACCGGAAGUGAAAUGGCUCGUCACUUGCCUCAAUAUGAUGCCAGUAGAUAG